AUGCAAGCCAAAGCCUUUGGUCCUAUUCUGCACCGAGACCUAGGCCCUAUCGAAGAGGCGCUGAACGCUGUAGAGAAGUUAGUCGAGCGUCUCAUCGAAGUUAACGAAGAAGUUGAGGAAGAAAACAACGUCAAAGCACUUACUCAAUUGACUGGAAUUCUCGGCUCCUCAAUCACCUCACCUGUGUCUGGAGGGCUCAUCAAACUUUUGGUUAGCUUCUGUUCUUUGCCUUAUUAUCAAUCGACAGGUGUUUACGCUCCAAGUGGUAGCACAGAUAUUUCCGCAUUGAAAGUCGAUUUCUUUAUUUGCUUGGAAUCUCUGGAGCAGAAGGCUGAUGAUCCAUCUGAAGAGGCCUUGCUGACUUGUCUAUCAGGUCGCGUGCUUCAGCUGCUAGAGCUACAACUGGCCUGUCUUACUACUUGGCAUCGCCUCGAACCUCCCCCAAGACCAGGUGGAAACCCGGUUGGCCCUAUUUCCACUUCAGCAGUGGUGCCAGGCGAGACUGUAGUACCUACUGCUAAUGUUGCGGGGCUGAGGCAGCAAGGGAAACCUGAAAGCUUAUUUCAGGCUACAUUAGAUGCCUAUGAACAACUAACUCAGCAGAUGAGCCUAAAAUUUGGCUUUUCUGUGGACCAUCUACGCGCCAGCCAUCUGCGCUAUGCCAGCGGACCUUUGCAGCCUGAACCUACCUCCGCAUCUCAGACUGUCGAACCAGGACCUAUUAGCAGGCAAUCUCCUUUUUUACUCUUAUUAUCCUUUAAACUUUGCUAUUAUUCACCCGCUAAAUAA